UUCUUUCUUGUGGCGUUAUUCAGAGACAACAACAAUAAUUAGGUUUUCACUCUGUUUUAACACCAUCUUCUUUCCAUUUCCAUUUCCAUUUCCAAUUCCAAUUCUCUUUUAUGUUAUAGCUGAUUGAUCGUGACAUUGAGUUCCGUGUUGUUGAUUUUGACAUUUUGUUCUGAGAGUUGUGGUGGGGGGGGUUUGAUUGGAUGAGAUUUAAUCUGCUGAGGGUGAAUUAGGGUUCCAUUUAUGUUUGAGAGAGGUUGAAUUGAAUUUGAAUAGGGUUGAGAUGGAAGGGAGUGUGGAUAAUGAUAAGAAGAAGAAUGAAGGGAAAGGUGGCAUGUGGGCUUUGCAACAGAAGUUUGAUCAACCAAUGGAUGAAGAAGCUAGCAAGCUCAAGAACAUGUACACAGAGAGGAACUGCUCUUGGAUGAUGCUUGUGCGACUUUCAUUUCAAAGUCUUGGUGUUGUGUAUGGAGAUUUGGGAACUUCUCCUUUAUAUGUAUUUUACAAUACUUUUCCCAAAGGAAUCAACGACACCGAAGAUGUUGUUGGUGCACUUUCCCUAAUCAUAUACUCUCUUACACUUGUGCCACUCAUCAAAUACGUUUUCAUUGUUUGUCGCGCAAAUGACAAUGGUCAAGGUGGAACGUUUGCUCUUUACUCAUUACUGUGUCGCCAUGCAAAAAUUAAAAUGAUCCCAAAUCAGCAUCGAACUGAUGAGAAGUUGACAACUUAUAGCCGCACCCCAAUUCACGAGCACUCAUUUGCUGCAAAGACAAAGAGAUGGUUGGAAGCACAUGCGUUAAAUAAAAACGCACUUCUCGUACUUGUCCUUCUUGGUACUUGCAUGGUGAUUGGAGACGGAAUUCUAACUCCCGCUAUUUCAGUUUUAUCAGCUUCUGGUGGCAUCAAGGUAAACCACCCGUGGAUGAAAAAUGAGUUUAUUGUGGCGAUUGCUGUUUUGAUACUAGUAGGAUUGUUUUGCGUACAACAUCAUGGUCCUGAUAAAGUCGGAUGGCUUUUUGCUCCAGUUGUGUUGCUUUGGUUUAUAUUAAUCGGAGGAGUUGGAGUUUACAACAUUUUAAAACAUGACAUGACAGUGUUACGCGCUUUUUGCCCGUUACAUAUAUUUUGGUACUUUAAAAGGAGAGGAAAACAUGGUUGGACUUCCCUUGGAGGAAUCAUGUUGAGCAUCACAGGGACGGAGGCACUAUUUGCUGAUCUGGCACAUUUUCCACUUUCGGCAAUACAGCUGGCAUUUACAACCGUUGUGUUCCCGUGCCUUCUUCUAGCUUAUUGUGGACAAGCAGCCUACCUCAUGAAUAACAAGGAACAAGUGUAUGAUGCAUUUUACCGCUCUAUUCCAGAGAGUAUAUACUGGCCAAUGUAUAUUGUUGCAACAUUAGCUGCUAUUGUCGCGAGUCAGGCUUCUAUAUCUGCUACGUUUUCAAUAAUUAAUCAGGCGUGUGCACUCGGGUGUUUCCCUCGGGUCAAAGUUGUUCAUACGUCAAGGAAGUUUCUUGGGCAGAUAUACGUUCCUGAUAUUAAUUGGGUCCUUAUGAUUCUUUGCAUUCUUGUAACAACUGGAUUCCAAAAUCAAAGCCAAAUUGGUAAUGCUUAUGGCACGGCGGUUGUGAUAGUCAUGUUGGUGACAACUUUCCUCAUGAUAUUAAUCAUGAUACUCGUUUGGAAUUGUAGCUGGUUUCUCGUCUUCAUCAUGACAUUCUUAUCGUUAGUGGUGGAAUGCACUUACUUUUCAGCAGUCGUCAUCAAGGUCGAUCAAGGUGCGUGGGUCCCGCUCGCGAUAGCCGCAGUGUUUCUUCUCAUCAUGUAUGUAUGGCAUUAUGGCACAGUAAAAAGGUAUGAGUUUGAGAUGCAAAGUAGGAUAUCAAUGGCAUGGAUUCUGAACCUGGGCCCAAGUUUGGGCCUGGUCCGUGUUCCCGGUAUCGGGCUCGUGUACACCGAGCUAGCCAGUGGGGUCCCGCGUAUUUUUUCACAUUUUAUAACCAAUCUACCCGCGAUCCAUUCUGUAGUCGUUUUGGUGUGUGUGAAAUCCCUUCCGGUUUACACGGUCCCCGAAGAUGAAAGAUUCUUGGUGAGACGAAUCGGACCAAAGAAUUAUCAUAUGUUUAGAUGUGUUGCAAGGUACGGGUAUAAAGACCAGAAACGGGACGAUGAAUUUGAAAAGAAAAUACUUGAUAGCGUGUUUUUGUUUGCGAAACUCGAGUCGUUACUGGAUGGAAGCUCGGAUUCAGAUGACUACAGUUUAUACAAUCAAGAAACCAUUCAUUCUGAUCUUAAUGAUACAUUCUCGUCUGUUGUUGACAUCACGGUUUUGUCGAAUGAGUCGGUUAGCGACUUGGGGACGUCUCCUGCUCAUAUGGAGCAUAUGGAGAUGGAUGAAAUCGACUUUCUAACACGGUGUCGGGAUGCGGGGGUGGUGCAUAUACUGGGAAAUACAAUUAUAAAAGCAAGAAGGGAUUCAGGGAUUUAUAACAAGAUUUGUAUUGAUUACUUGUAUGCAUUCUUGAGGAAGAUAUGCAGACAGCAUAGUGUCAUCUUUAAUGUUCCUCAUGAGAGCCUUUUGAAUGUUGGGCAAGUAGUCUUUGUGUAAUUUUUUUUUCUUUUUAAUAUAAGAAAAUAAAUGUACAGAAAUUUGGUCCUGCUACACAACAGUUAAUAAGUCAAUGUCAAGUAACUGUAUUUCAAGAA